CCCGUUCUCAUAAAGACCACUGCCACCUCAUGCUCUUAGCAACUCGUUGCCGGCUUUUUGAGGUAUUAACUGCAAAGCACAUAUAUUCAUGCUCACAGUCAGUUUCACAAGUGCAGCGUGAACAGGCAAGACAAAGGAUAAACCAUCAGUUUGCAUCCACUACCCAACUUAACAGCAACAUGUUUCUGUUGAUUAUUUGCCUCUAUGCCAGCCUCAUGCUGUCCCUCCCUCAGUGUACGUAUCAGUCGUGCGUAGAGGGGACACCCAGACAGUGCCUGGAUGCAGAAUUUGCUCCAGGUACUAAUUUGGCUGGUGAAGGCUUUGAUAUCACCAAAAUGGAACGUAAAGGAGCCUUUGUGCUCGACAUGAAUCAGUGGAAACGCAAGGAUAAAACGUGCACCCUUUGUAGCAACCCCUAUCUAGAAAACACAAAGCAAAAGCUCCCCUUGUCAGUGGUGGACUGGAGACCAAAGCAGUCCUGCAGCAUGAAACUGGCCAGCACACUCCACCGAUCCAGUGAGUCUCUGGUCAGUUCCAGCACCUCUUCUGUGGACAACAACUGGCAGGUCAAUCUCGAUGUUAAUGUGGGUGAAAAAGGCAGCUCAGUGAUGCUCGCUGGUACCAACUCUAAAUUGGCUGAAUACUCCAUGGAAAGAACAAAGAAUGACAAGUUCAGCUUCACAAGCCACAGCAUGUCCUGUGAGUUCUACAGCUAUAGAGUGACCGGCACUCCCAAGUUGCACAGAGAAUUUCAAAAAGCAGUAAAACAGCUCCCCAAAAUCUACAGCCCUGAAUACAAGCAACGAUUUUACAAACUGAUUGACAACUUUGGCACCCAUUAUGUUACCAAGGUGAAAUUGGGAGGAAGUGUUCUAUCUGUGACCAGCAUCAGGCAGUGCCAGGCCAGCCUGCAGGGCCUCAGCCUGGAGGAGGUAGCAAUGUGCCUGGAAGUUGAGGCGUCCGCCAGCAUUAAAGCUAUAAUAAAAACUCAAGCAAAACACUGCCAGAAGGACAUUAACAAGAUGGAAAGUAAGACAUCCUUCUCCAGCCUUUUCAAUGAAAGGUUCACAGAAAUAAAAGGGGGUUAUACCACAGAGCCGGACCUUGACAACAACUGGGACGACGACCUGUUGGGGAAUUGUGAGCAGAACCUGUCUGCUGGAGUCAAGGAGGAUCUCUGUAGCCUGCAACAUGGCAAACUAUUCUACAAAUGGGAGGUGAAAUGUGCUCCGAGUCUGAGCGGAGAUUUAUGUACGGACUAUAAACCUUCGCCUAUGAGUCAAAAUCUGCAGAAGCGGUAUGUGUCCCGUCAUGCACAUCCUGUUCCAAAGGCCAUCCUCUUAGAGAUGGGUGUGUUUGUGGAUGAAACGAGCCCACAGAGAAACCAGACUCUUACUGCAGAGAACGAGAAAAGGUUUGAGGUGAUAUGACACCCAUGUUUGGCUUUACGCAUACUUACAUUACUCUUUUUAUUAAUGUUAAAAAAAUCAAAACCCUUCAUCCAUCCUUUAUUAAAUAGCUACUGAUCACAAUGAAUGACAAGCAUGUCUGUUGGGGAGAAAGUAUAAUGUGUUGACGGCUGCAACUAAAUUAUGGAAAUAAUUUCCUAAUACUUGGUAUGUUCACUUUGUUUUGUUUAGUUUACGUUUAAGUUU